AUGACGCUUUCACGACGAGUAACCAAGCUGGAGCGAACUGAUGUCUGCCUCGAACACCAGCGUUGCAGUGACCAUGACAGGCCGACUCUCUCCACAGAGGCGCUGACAGCAGCCUUAACCACUACCGCGGAGUCAUAUGGAGGUGCACAAGAGGCAGACUGUGCUGCAUAUAAAGCCGCUGGGUACACGACCAGUGGAGUCUACACACUUGGCUCUCCCCUGUCCGGUGUAACGGUCUACUGUGACAUGGAUACAGCAGGCCUGGGCGGCUGGACUGUGAUCCAACGUCGACUGGACGGGUCGGUUGACUUCCGAAAGAACUGGGAGGAGUACAAACACGGUUUUGGGAACAAAAACACGGAGUACUGGCUUGGGAACGAGAACAUCCACCGGCUGACUGCUUUGAUGAGCUAUACGCUCCGGGUUGAGCUGAUGGACUGGGAAAAUCAGACACGCUACGCGGACUACAACACAUUUAGGGUGUCCGGUGAGUCGGACCAGUACCGGCUGACCGUUUCCGGGUAUUCAGGCACAGCGGGGGACUCCAUGAGUGUUAACAACGGGAUGAAGUUCUCCACUGUGGACAGGGACAACGAUAAGUGGGGUUACGGCGAGUGUUCUCAGGUUAACGGAAAGGGUGGCUGGUGGUUUAACAACUGCAGCCAUUCCUUCCUCAAUGGGCGCUACUUGGGCAAAUGUAGGAAGUCAUGUGAAGCAUGGGAAGGUGUGGUGUGGAAGACCUGGAAAGGAAAGCAUUACUCCCUCAUGUCUGUGUCUAUGAAAAUCAGGCCACGAUAA